CACACGCCACUCUCGGUACUCCAUCUGCCGUGUCCAACCUUCGACGCCGACUUCGAUGGGUCUUCUCUCCACUCUGGGUCUUUUGCUGCUCGGCGCUGCUCAAGCUUCGGCCCGUGUCGUCCGCUAUGACUGGAACAUCACGACGCUCAACACCACCAUCUUCGACGGCGUCCGGGGCAAUCUGGGCUACGGUAUUAACAACGAGCCGUGCGACGAGCACCCGAUCGAAGUCUCGUUCGGCGAUGAGGUCGAGGUGCACGUGACCAACAAGCUCACGGAGCAGACGUGCAUCCACUGGCACGGGCUGAAACAGCUCGGUACGCAAGAGAUGGACGGCGUCUCCGGCAUCACGCAGUGCCAGAUCCAGCCGAACGUGACGGCUAUCUACCGGUUCAAGCCCGAUAAGUGCGGCACCUUCUGGUUCCAUGGCCACGAGGAGGUGCAGUACGCCUACGGACUCCGUGGACCACUCAUCGUGCACUGUCCUCCUAAACUACAGCAGAGCUGGGAGAAGGACGUCUACAAGGAGUACACGAUCCUACUGGCCGACUGGUACCACGACCUGCCGGUCGGUGCUCCUAUCUGGGACACUGUGCUGAUCAACAACAUCGGACGCUACAAUUGCACCGUUGCGGAGGCUGCGGGUUUCGAGUGCGGUCCCGGUCGUCCGUUGCCCCGGUUCCAGUUCGUACCGGGCAAGAAAUAUCUGCUCCGUCUGAUCAACACGUCGGCGAUGGCCGCGUUCAAAGUCAGUAUUGACGGUCACACGUUCCAGGUCGUAGCGAGCGACACUGACUACCUCAAGCCGUCGACGCCCGUCAACUCGGUGACGAUCAACGUGGCUCAACGCUAUGACAUUCUAGUACAGGCCAAGUCAUCGCCUUCGCAAGGUCAGGGUCAAAGUCAGAGCCAGAAGCAAGGCCAGAGCGGCGGUAAACAAGGACAGAGCGGCGGCAAGAAUACGGCGCUCGGCUCGUUCUGGCUACGUGUGCACUCACCCUUUGGCAUCCCCUGGACAGCUCGCGAAGCCGACCAAGUCCCGGACGGAUUCAACCCGGACGCGCUUGCUAUCAUUGACUACGAGACCGGAGCAACAAAAGACCCGACGACGUCCGCGUGGGCGACGGAGGUGACGAUCGGUGAAUUCAACUUUAACCCGGCGGUCCCGGUAGUGCUCCCCAAGACACCUGAUCAACGUAUCGUCGCUGAGUUCACCCUUGGGGUUCUUGCUCCGAAUCCGACGGCGUUCCUCGGCUACAUGGCUCUCGAUGGUGGUGACUUCAGCUCACUGGUGAUCCCUGACAGUCCGCCGCUCUUCACUAUCGCCCAAGGUGCUAAGACCGAAGAUCUACCGACCACCGCUAACGCUAUCAAACUCAAGCACAACGACCAUGUUGAAGUGGUUGUAGUCAACGAGACGCCCGACCAGCACCCGUUCCACCUGCACGCCCACUCUCCGUGGAUUGUUGGAAGCGGCCACGCCUCGCGCGACAACAUUUUGGCAGGUAAUUUGCCGGCCUUGCGACUCAACGGACCCAUGCAGCACGACGUCUUCACGGUGCCCGAGUGCAUCGCCGACGCUGACGGCGCAUGCACUGCUGACCUCGGCUACGUCGUCUUCCGCUUGAAUGCCGACAACCCGGGCGUGUGGCUCAUGCACUGCCACAUUGACUGGCACUUUGUGCUUGGCUUGGGCAUGUUGUUCGUGGAAGCAGAGGACGCUCUUCACGACGAAGGACUGGACGCCUUCUCCCCCAACAUGCUGCUGAGUGUGUGCAAGGGAAACUUCACCCUGUAAGGGUAGACUGCUUCAA